CAUCAGAGUGUGGGCGACAGCAGCACAGACAGAGAGUGUUCGUAUUCGUCGCGAUUCCCAUCCCCAUCAGAUUCAGUGUGCGGUGUUGUUUCUGUUUCUAUAGUAUAUACUCUGCGGCAGCUCCAAGUCCAACCAGUCAUAAGUUUGAUUGUUAGUAUAGGCUACAUAAUUUAUCAAAGGAAAAAUCGAAGGUGUAUUUAGGUAUUUAAUUGCCGCCGCCAACGACUGAUGACUGUGCGCGAGUGAGACCGAGUGUUCCGCUGUUUUGUUAGAUCGCUCACCCAGCUCAUUAUUAUUUGUCUAGAAGUGUAUAGCGCGGAGUAUACCAUACCUAGCAGCAGUAGUAGCUACAAAUUCGUCUCUCUGUACGGGUGAAAAAAAAAAUAUAUUUUAUUUUAUUGUGUGCUGUAUGAUCGUCUCGGACAGGAGAGCUCUCAAUAAUAAACGUGUCUGAUUCGUCGUUGACUGGCUGGGGCUGCUGUGAGCUUGAUAGAUCAUUGCCAGUGUUCAGAUCACAAUUGGAAUCUGCCUUUUUCGAUUGAUUUCGGUGCGACGGACGGACGGGUUGACGUGUUCGUUUGUGCUUUGUUGUUUCUCUUUUUCUCAGUUCACGGUGGAGAAGGCUCACCGACGAAAAAAAAAACGAGAAACCCAGACGUGGUCGCACAGUUGCUGGAAAAGUGCAGAUUUUCCCACGAACGGUGCCACUUUGCAGCGAUCCGGAUUCGAGUGGCAAAAGUGCGGAUGGAAAAAUCUUAUUUUUAGGUGUCAUUUUCGAUCGUUUUCCUACGUGUCUGCUGGUUUUUUAUUGUGUCAUUUUCAAAGAACGCGUGUGUGUGAGCGAGAGUGAGUGGCAAGACGGAGAAGAAAAUAUCACCACAUAACAGUGCGGUGCGCGAGGCGCAGAUCAGCUCUUGGAGUUUCGGAAUCAAGCGGAAAAGGUGUGCUACACAGCACAUAGGGACCUGCCUGCCGCAGGGUGCAAGGUGAAGGUCGUUCAAAGGCGUCGGGCGAAGUGAGGUAGCAGAGUCUGGAAACGAUCGUGUGUUUGCAACACCACCAUCCGAUCGAUAAAGGAAACGAAGAAAUCCGGAAGGUCUGGUUCAAGAUCAAUGGCAGAAGAAAAGCAGUAGCGGUGAACGGUGGUAAAUAGAAGCAUCAAACUAGCCAGCAAUUGGCAAGACGGGAUUCGGAUCGUGAUAAUGAGGCAUAUGCGAUGAUAGUGGAUCAAUUCUUUUGUUAUUUUCUGGUUUCGCAUCCAACGGUUCCUGGCAGCCGUACACAAUCUGAGCCGAAACGAAACUUCGCAUCGACCAGAGAAAUGCGUUGCCUCCGAGCGUUGCCAUCGGCAGCCGCCGUUCGAAGCUGGCUGUUCGUAGUUCUAUCGGUGGCGCUGUUCACCUCAUCGUCGAUUGCGUUUGUGUCGUGCUUGGAAAGUGAGGUGCAAAACGAUGACAUACAACCUAAUUCAAGGCAAACAUAUCCAGUACAGCAGCAGCAGCAACAACAGCAACAAAAAAUCCCCGUUCAUCAGUCUGAUCGCGGUGGCGACGGUGAAUUUCGAGGUGAUCCAGUAGGAUCGUCAGGUGGUAGUCCGUUGCCGCCGACGAUCGAUGGCAGCAAACAACAACAACAACACGGACAACAAUCUUCCAAAACGGGCGCUUCCGGUCAACAACAGUCUUCCAAUCGGAUGCUGGAAACCCGCAACUCGUACGCCGUUCUCAGCCAGGCGAUGUCCCAAGCCGUCCAUCAUGAAUUUGGCACCUACGGCAGUGGGUCCGCGGACGGGGCCUGUUCGGCCGACGAUAUCGACUGCAUCGCCCAUCACGACCACCUGGGCAUGGAGGCGAUUCGAUCGCUGCACCGCCAGCUGGAUGACGACGACAACGGGGAUAUCGAUCUGAGCGAGUCGGAUGAUUUUCUCCGCGAGGAGCUCAAGUACGACUCGGGCUACGAAAAACGCCACAAGGCGUUCCACUUCAACGACGAUAUGCACAUCUCGGUGAAGGAACUGUGGGAAGCCUGGCUUCGUUCGACGGUGCACAACUGGACCGUGGAUCAAACGACGGAAUGGUUAGCGCAGAGUGUCCAGCUGCCUCAGUAUGUGCAUCUGUUUCGGCUGCACAAGGUAACGGGUAAGGUACUGCCGCGGCUGGCCGUUAACAAUAUGCACUAUGUGAGCAAUGUGCUCGGCAUUAAGGAUCCAAUUCACAAGCAGAAGAUUGCACUGAAGGCCAUGGAUGCGGUGCUGUUUGGACCACCGAGGGAAACGGGAACCCGGUGGAAGGAUUUGCUGCUGGUGACUCUACUGCUAACCGCCAUCAUAGGCAGCUGGUAUGCCUAUCAGCAGAACAAGAAUGCUAAGAUACACCUCAAACGGAUGGCGAAGGAUGUUGAAGGACUGCUCAAGGCGGAGGUGGCGCUCAAGGAUAUGCAGCAGGAACUGGAACGAGCUCGCCUCGAGCAGGAAAAUGUAGGCAAAGAAAAACAAGACCUAGAACGGCGGUUGCGUGAGGCACCGACCCUAACUUCUUCCAACUCCGAUCUGGAGCUGCAACAGUUGAAGCAGGAGAUCGAAAUGCUUCGGACGGAGCUUUCACGGGCAGAGGUCGAAAUAAACGAUCACUGUUGGACACCUCCCCAGGGUCUGCAGAGUUGGCUGCAGCUGACGUUUGAGUUGGAAAACAAGCAGCACAUACGGAAGCGUAUGAUGGCUGAGAAGCAGCUGAUGUCUGCCAGGGAAGCUUGCGAGAAGCUGAAGAAAAAGCGAUCCAGUUUGGUGGGAGCGUUUGUGUCGACCCACGGCAAAAGCAUUGACGAUGUUGAUCGAAGUAUUGUGGAAGCGCGCAAUGCGUUGAAUGAUGUGACCAACGAUUUGCAGGAGCGAAUGUACCGGUGGAAACAGAUUGAGCAGAUGCUAGGGCUGAGCAUAGUAAACAACAAUGGGUUGGCUUACUUGGAGAAUCUUUUGUACAGUCGAAAUGGCGUAGGCAGUAAGAGCUAUCGAUCGCGCCUAUCGAGCAGCCAGGACGACCUCGAUGACGACUCCGUGCAAGGUUUGUACGACGGAAUCUGCCGCGGCGGUCGUGAUGAUUCUUCCGCCAGUGACGAUGGCGAACGAGCGGAACGGGACACCGUCACUUUCAUCGUCGGCGGAGGUUGUCAAACCACCUCGAAUCUGCAGCUGUCGGCUUUGAACACACUGAAUACCGGUAUGAUAACUCCGAACACGGCAAUGACCUAUCUGGGAAGUCACGGCCAACAGCAGCAACAGCAGAUGGCGACACCUUCGCCGACACUUUCGCUACAGCAGUACCAUCACGGUAGCAGUGGCAGCAGUAACGGUUUAAACUACUCCGGUUCGGUUUCGUCGACUACAACACCCUCUUCGCCGCUAUCGUCGCCGUUCUACUACAGUAGUUUGCAGUCUGCGCAUGGUCAGCACCUUCAGCAGAACAUAAACGACAGUUCACAAAGCUUACAAGAUGAAACGCUGAUCUCUUCUUCGAGCGAGCGGAUUGUGCCGCCCCGGGCGAAAAAGGUUCCCACUAAGCUGCCCCAGAUCGGACCGGGUGGUCUGGGGAAGACACCGAUGCCUCCGCCGCGGAAAACCAUGUCGUCACAAAGCCUCUUCUCGCUGGUCCGAUCAACCGACACCGACGUGGUCCCCCUGGGAUCCCCAUCGCUAUCUCUUCCACCGACAUCUUCGAGCGCUGCGUCGUCGCCGGUCGGACCACCAACCGGUGGUUCCGUUUCUGCAGCAGCCACGCUACAGCUCCAGCAGCUCACUGAUUACUACCUUGCCCAGCAACAGCAGCACCCAUCAACCCACAGUAGACAACAGCAGCACCAUCAGCAGGUACAACAGGGCGACGGUAGUGGUCUCACUACCGGCGGGACUGCACCUGGAGGAACCGGAACGGAACUGGACAACUGCUCGACCGAUUCGUCCACCGUCGACGAGGACGUCAAGCGACGAGGAAGACGAAAGUUACCGUUUCCCUUCGGGAAGAAGUUUGGCAGUAAAUCCAAGAAGCAUCAGUAAUGAUCGGCGAUCGGCACCGGCACUCGACGACGAUGAUGAAGAUGAUGAUGAGAAGGAGGAGGAUGAGGAGGGUGAUCGACAACGACGGGUUCUGGCGGCUAGCAGGAGUAAAAGAAGUAGCAGUGUGUGACAAAAGUGGCGCAGCACCAUUGGCAGUAUUCGAAGCCUGGUCAGUCGGAAUAGGAGGCUCGCGAAAGAGAGCGACGAAACUUGUGAUACUAGUAGCCAACGGGGACACAGUCCUGAGGGGGAUGGUGGUAGACGGUAAGUCACCUUUGUUUCAUCAGUUCCAUCACCAACACCAUUACCACCACCCGACAAUCGAAUCGUGUGUGUGGUUUGCCUUCGUUGAUUAAGCUUUUCUAAUUUUUGUUUUGAUUUUGAUUUUGUUGGGUACCAUAAAGAAGUCAAUUCCACUUAGUUGCUUGAUUGGGCGCGGGUUUAAAUGUUGUAGAGCGUAACUAAAAAGCAGAAAAGGUUAGUCAAGCAAAUGUGGCAAUGCUGUGAGUGAGAAAGUAUAGUAGAUUCGUACCUCUUCCAGGCAGCCCGAUUGUCGGGGAUGCAAACUUAAAAAAACACUUAACUUAGCGAACCUGGGUGUAGAUACUUUUAGAUGUAUAUCGAACAUUGUUAUUGUAUUUGUUUUUAAGAAUGGACACGGAUAACACAAUUGCAAAAAUAAAACAAAAAACAAACACCAAGCGUUAGUGUCAAGGAAAAGCGUUGUAGAAUGAGGGCCGUGAAACGGAUCGCGGAUUCUAAAAAGUCUGACGAAAAAUUUGAAUGUUAUAGUUUAUUGAGUUUGAGACGGAUAAAAGUUUUUGUUUUAAAAUACA